CCCUAUGAGCAGGCCGGGCCCAUCGCACGCGACAAAGCGCAUCCGUCCCUCUCCCUCCCCACUCCACUCUCCGGCGUCCGGAUCCCAUCCCGAUCUCGGUUAGCCGCCGCCGCCCAUCCCUCCUCCCGCCGCAGCCACCAUGGACGGAGUCGUCAGCCAGAUCCUGGAGAAGCAGGUGCUGUCGGUGGCGAAGGCGGUGGAGGACAAGCUUGAUGAGGAGAUCGCCGCGCUCGAACGUCUGGAUCCGGACGACAUCGAGGCGCUCCGCGAGCGCCGGAUCCAGCAGAUGCGCCGCGCCGCCGAGCGCCGCGCGAAGUGGCGCGCCCUGGGGCACGGGGAGUACGCCGAGGUCCCCGAGAAGGAGUUUUUCUCCUCCGCGAAAGCCAGCGAGCGACUCGUCUGCCACUUCUACCGCGACAACUGGCCAUGCAAGGUUUUGGACAAACACUUGUCUAUUCUUGCAAAACAGCAUGUAGAGACACGGUUUGUGAAAGUUCAUGCUGAAAAAGCUCCCUUUUUGACGGAAAAGCUAAGGAUUGUUGUCCUUCCAACUCUUGCUAUAGUAAAGAAUGCCAAGGUUGAGGAUUACAUGGUUGGGUUUGAUGAGCUUGGUGGUAAAGAUGACUUCAGCACCGAGGAUCUGGAGGAACGUCUCGCGAAAUCCCAAGUCAUCUUCCUUGACGGAGAAGGGUCUGCGAAUGCAUCCAAGAAUGCCGCCGCCACCAAACGGAGCGUUCGACAAUCAGAUACUGGCAAUUCAUCAGACUCCGAAUAGCUCUUCUACUGUAUUUAAAGUGGUAUACCUCGAGGUUUGUUGGCUGUUUUGCGAACCUGUUAUGUUAUCCUUAGCAGUACAAGGGAAUGCUAUUCUAGCUAUGAAAUUUGAACUGGGAUUUAUCUUAGAUCUGGAAGUAAAAGUGCUAACUGGUGUGGCACAAUGUCUAUUGUCAUUGCUGUGUUCUCAGUUGAUGUAAAUCACUUUCUUGUUGAUCAUACCUGGUUGGUUUGUCUGA